AACUCGCCCCAGACUCCGAAACAAGACUGGCUUUAGCUGGAAGACGAACAACAGGAAGGGCAAAGAAAAUCAACAAUCAAUGCCUGAUGACUAUUAUUGAUCGGUCCUUGAUGCACUCAGACUUGAUGCGGCUGUCCAUAUUUUGACGGAUUCACUUUACAUAUUUGUUGAUAUAUGGAAUCAGUUUACGGGGUAUAAUGGUGCUUAUCGUGAAGUCACGGAGAGAAAUGUGGUCUUGUUAAACGGAAAGCUUCUAUUGAGUUACGUAGUUUCAACACCCAAGACCAGUUGUAAGAUGAGUAGGCACAAUUGAUUCUGUGAAUUCAACUAGAUGAUAACACCAAAUGGACUGAAAUUGAAUGUUAACGAUUGAUCACAAAUACUAGUGCAUAUUUUGCAUUCUAAACAGCGCUCGUUCGUAUUGGCAAACCGCUACCAACUGCGGUGUAAACACCUAGUCCCCAGUCGUCAUGAUGGCCUCUGCCAACCAUGUCAUCGCAGAGUUUCCAUAUUCUUAUACUGAUGCGAAUGGCUUAGAAGUUUCAUUUGAAAAAGGUGAACAGUUUAUCUUGCUAGUAAAAGCCACAGAUGACUGGUGGAAGGUGCAAAGAAUGUCACCAUCAAAUAAAGAUAAGAGCAAUAUUAUUUAUGUUCCUGCUAAUCAUGUAAAGGAAGUAAAAUCGGACUGUCCCGCAUCUCCUGUCCAAGACAUCGAUUCUCGCCCUGGGAGCAGCCAUGAUUACAUGAACCUUGAUACUUUUCGCUCAAUCAUGUUUCGCAGUGAUUCAACUACAGACUCUGAAUACAGUUACUCAGACCAAGAUACUGCCAGUAGCUUUGGCACAUCUCCUAGGGUACUCAAUGGUAGCUUUUCUCCAAAGCCAUUAUCACACACAGCAGAAUUAAGAAAGAGUUUGAAUUUAGAAGCGGAGGAAUGAAAAUGAAACAAGAAGCCACAAAAGGGGAUGGAUCAUUAGAGGAAUCAAACCAGCCCUCAUACAAAGAGUAUGAGGAAGAAUCUACAGUGGUUUUCAGGACAAAGAGAGAUGAUUCUAUUCCAUUUACCAAACGAUCUUCUACCCUACCUGCUGGUUGGCAAAAACUGACUGAUAACCUCUCUGGAAGACAAUAUUAUUACAAUGAGGAUACAAAGGAAUCACAAUGGAAGCUCCCAAGAGUCUCACUAUACCUGGAGACUCCACAGAACAAGGAUAUACCUCCAGGUUGGACUACAGAGAAAGAUGAAUCAAACGAAGAUGUUUUUGUUAACAGUGUCAGUGAUGAAAAGUGGAAGGCGUGCAAAACUGAAAAUGGCAACACAUACUAUUAUAAAGUGGGGGAAGACGUGACAGCAUGGAAGCUUCCAGAUAUUGAAGUAAAGGCACGCGGUCCAAGAAGAAGGUCCUUUGAUGGCCUCGCCGACGACAAACUCAGCAGCAGGAUGUCCAGUACCUUCCCUAGAAACUCAAAAUGCAAGUCGGUUUUGUUCGAUUUUCCCAUCAGUAAUGCUAAAUCGCAAGAAGAUAUCAAAGUUCCUGCUCCCAAGCCCUCGGUAAAACUGCACAGACGAUCGCAAUCUGCGUCCAUGUUGCUAGAGGAUGAUGAUAUACCAAGCGUUAGAGUCUCGAUGGUCAAUGGAAAGGCUGUGAAGAUUCCAGAUGUCGAGGGCUACUUGGCACGUAAGAAAUUAGUUGAAGGUGGCAAAUCAAAGAAAGGCCAUUGGGAGCAAGUGUACGUCUGCAAAUAUGAAAACAUCCUCGUUUUCUACAAAGACAAAAAGUCUUCAAUACCGAAACCAGAUUUCCCGGAUGGAAAGCCAGAGAGCAGUAUUGAUUUGCGUGGCGCGGUCCUUCAGGCGCCUAGCAUCGAUAAGACCAAAGGAAAAAAGAAUGUGUUUCAGAUAAGUACUUACAAUAAUUCAACGGUAAUGAUGCUCAUGGCCGAUACUCCGACUGCAAUGGGAAACUGGCUCACGCCAAUGCAGUUAACGAUAAAAGAUCUUGAGGAGCAAACACCUUUACCAACGGUGCCGCCACCGAUCAUUACAGAUGGCGGCAAGAAACUGGCUGUUAAUACCAGUAGCUCUGUAAGUGGACCCUUGUCGCCGACAACGCCAACCAUGCAGCGUAAUAAUAAGGUGGAUAAAGCAGACAAGCCUUUUAAAGGAAUUGGUCGCAGAUUAUCUAAAAGACCAAGCAAUGUAAAUGAAGAUGAGGUAAACAAAUCAAAGAUAAGAGACAAGUUGAAAAAGUUUCUACCCAAACGACCAACGUAUUAUGAAUUAGAGAAAAAAGGAAUUAUCAAGCAAGAAAUAUAUGGAUGCCAUCUUGAUGUACUUUGUAAGCGUGACAAUUCGACUGUUCCAAAAUUUGUUGUAAAAUGCAUCGAUGAGAUUGAGAAACGAGGUUUGCACGUUAGGGGCAUCUACAGAGAGUGUGGCAAUGCUUCGUUGAUGCACAAACUGCGAAUUUCUACUGAUCAAGGUGAGCACAUAGACUUCGAAGACAAACAAUGGGCGGAUAUACACGUGAUUGCAGGUGCAUUGAAAUGGUACUUUCGUGAGCUGCCAGAGCCAUUGAUCCCCGCUGAUGUUUUUGAUGACUUUAUCGAAGGAAUAAAGAAUCCUUCAAUUCAUGAGCGAAGACGAAAAUUCAAAACUUUAAUCGACGCAUUGCCAAGCUAUAAUUACGACACGCUGAAAUUACUGCUGCAGCAUUUGCUAAAGGUCACCGAAUUUAGUUCAGAAAACAAAAUGGAAAAACAUAACUGUAGUAUCGUGUUUGGGCCUACCUUACUCCGACCAGAAGAAGAAGAAAGCCAGUUGAAUAUUGCCUUAAACACAGUGUACCAGAAUCAAAUCGUUAAUUUCUUGUUAUCGGAGUAUGCAGAAUUAUUUUCAUCUGCAUAAAAUGUAGUCAUUUAUUCAUGGAUAGCAAUAUAUUGUGGGACUAUUUGCCAAAUUGUGUAGAACGCAUGCCUUUCGUAUAUUUCUUGAAUGCCGUUCCAUAUCAGAAAUGUAAAGUGUGGUAUGCAGCAGUGGCGUACCCAAGGAGGGAAUAGGGGGGUCCGGACCCCCCACUUUUUAAAAUAUGGUCCUCGAGAUUUGUCCAAAAACGAUGUAAAACCCAUUAGGGGGGGUAGUAUACUGUAUGCUUGUGUCAAUAACAACUGUAAAAUACUUUGCUAUUUACCAUAGCUGAAAUGAAUCAAAUAACGUGGGAAAAUUUUGCAAAGAGAGCGUUUCCCCGCAUUUGCGAGUGUUUGAAGGGCGUGGUCAAAAAAAUUUGGGACUAGGCCCCAGACCCCCCCCACUACUGCAGCCCUGGGUACGCCACUGGUAUGCAGGUUCGUUUUUGACAGCAUUUUCUGGUUUUGCUGAAUUAUACAAUCUGCUGCCACACUUUUAGAAGCAAUUUUAAGGAAUAGUGUCUAGUCAUAUUCAUAUGGAACCAUUUUCUAUAUAAAGUUAGAUGUUAUUACACGAGACAUAAGGGAAGGAUAAUUUAAGUAGUUAAAGUUUCAAUAAUUUAAUCUGUUUUAGUUUAACCCUACAGUUGCCACUGUUUGCAUGCUUUGACUUCUAUCAUUGAAAUUUGGCCUAAAGUAGUUGUGAUUUUUUGAAACCGUUUUUUACUAGUGGGGCAAUCCUUAAAAGGUUUCCCGUCUGAAGAUUAGUCUUCACAUAUAGACUCGAUAGCACGUGUGGCCGCUUGCAGGUGAAUACGAAUAAUGAACGAGGCUAAAUUUUCCUUCAGUAUAUGGCAAGAUUCAAGUAGCUCGACUUCUGAAUUUUGAAUACCAUUUUGAGGCUAGAAACUCUCUUUCAACCUAUUGUGAUCACGAUUUUAACAUUUAGAGUGAAAUUUAAGUUUGGUGAUUAUGAAAUUAGUUAACAAAAACUAUCUUUCCAGAGAAUCAACUUUCUGCCUCGGUGAUGUAAUAGAUUACGCUUUCACCUCUUAAAGCAGCAGGCAUACAUGUUAUGGCUUGAGCCUUGUCGCCGUCAAAUAUUGGAUAGAAAUUUAAAAUGAAAUCGAGUUAGAGAGAAGGGAGGCCUAUCGAUGUUCAAUACAAAUUGUAUGAAGACUCAGUUGGGGCCUUUCCCACACAACCACAAGUGUCCGUGGAAGUUUGAGCCGUUUUAACUGGACCAAAUCAAGAAGUCUGUUGCUAGUAAAAGUCUGGUGGUAACUUUAUGCUCAAAAUGGCAUUUCAGCUGUUUAAUAGUUGUUUAUAUUUUAAUGUAUGUAGAUUUAGUAGUGGUGGAAAGAGUAAAUGAAUGUAAAUUUCAAUAUUGGACUGAUUUGAACGAUUAUUUUGAUGUACAACGUCACGCUACUAAAAUAUCAUUUCUCCCAAAACGAUUCGUAAUGUUUGUAACACGACCUGCUUAAAACACUUGCUUUUCCCUGUCAUUUCCUAAAUUAUUCUUUUAUUAACCACUUCCAUGUUGC